AUGUCAUUAUAUUUUAGUGAAAUGAUUCCUAACCUAUCAUCUCACUUUUUGAAAACUAUAUUUAAAAGAAAUCACUUAUUUGUGAGACAAUAUGCCGCCACAAAAUCGUACAAACUUCUCUUUUUUGGAUCAGAUGGUAUUGCACUUAGUAGUUUGCGAAAGAUAAAUGAAUUCAGGAAAAAGGAGAAUCACCUGAUUGACCGAUUAGACUUAGUCACUACGAAUACUAAACACAAAACAGAGAUAAUAAAGUUUGCUGAACACGAAAAUAUAAAUACAGUGACAUGGCCGUUAGAUAACUUAAAACCUGCUGAAUAUGACUUGGGAUUAAUAGUUGCAUUUGGUCAUCUGAUUAAAGAAGAUCUCCUGAAUAAGUUUCCUCUUGGCAUGGUGAAUGUUCACCCAAGUCUCCUACCGCGAUGGAGGGGAGCUGCUCCCAUUAUCCACACACUGCUACAUGGAGAUCAGGUCACAGGAGUCACACUUAUGAAGAUUAAAGCAGACAUAUUUGAUGUGGGUGAAAUAAUAAGUCAAAUAAGGGUACCAGUGUCCAAGGAUAUAAGACUACCGGAGCUCACUGAGCAACUCUCGGAAUAUGGUGCAGAAAUGCUGGUAGAAUGUAUUAGGAGUUUACCUACAAGCUUAGAAAAUGCACAGCCACAGAGUUCAGAGGGAGUCACUUAUGCUAAGAAAAUACACAAAAGUAUAAGUGAAGUACGAUGGUCCUCGAUGUCGGCAGUCGAAGUGUACAAUCUAUACCGCGCUUUAUACGGAGUGUACCCACUCACUACCACAUUUAAGGAUAAACGAACGAAACUAUUUGAAGCAUUUCUCAAUGACAAUACCAUAAGCCAUAGUGAUAAACCAAUCGGGACACUAGAAUAUUGUGAUAAGACAAAUGCAAUCAGAAUAUUAUGCAAAGACCGAAGAUAUGUUUAUUUUAGAUCUCUUAGGAUAAUAGGCAAAAGGCAAAUAUCCGCCCUAGACUUUUAUAACGGUUAUAUAAAAAAUGUUCCCAUAGAUAAAAGAGAGUGUACAGUUUUUAGAAAUCAAUAA